CCGCACGCAGGUUGCCGGGGCUUGUAGUUCUUCCUGGUCGUGUCAGUUUGUAGGGCGAGGGUGGUAGUUGCUUUGCUGGCCCAGGGAUAUUAGGCGUAGUUUCCCAGUUUUUGCCAGAGUAGAAACACUUCAGGCCCCUGAGCUGGCUGGGUUCCUUGUUUUAUCUACUGGCUUCUGCUUUAAGACAGGUCACAAAGAUGUCAGACAAAAGUGAAUUAAAGGCUGAGUUGGAACGUAAGAAGCAGCGACUGGCCCAAAUCAGAGAGGAAAAGAAAAGAAAAGAAGAAGAAAGGAAAAAAAAAGAAACUGAUCAGAAGAAGGAAGCUGUUGCUCCUGUGCAAGAAGAAUCAGAUCUUGAGAAAAAAAGAAGAGAAGCUGAAGCAUUGCUUCAAAGCAUGGGGCUAACUCCGGAAUCCCCCAUUGCUGAGCAACCUCUCCGUGUAGUAACAGCGGAUACCUGUCUAUUUCACUAUUUAGUCCCUCCUCCUAUGUCUCCAUCUUCCAAAUCUGUGAGCACUCCAAGUGAAGCUGGAAGCCAGGACUCUGGAGAUGGCGCCGUGGGAUCUAGGACGCUGCAUUGGGAUACAGAUCCAUCAGUUCUUCAGCUUCACUCAGAUUCCGAUUUGGGAAGAGGACCUAUUAAACUUGGAAUGGCUAAAAUCACUCAAGUUGAUUUUCCUCCUCGAGAAAUUGUCACAUAUACAAAGGAAACUCAGACUCCAGUUAUGGCUCAACCCAAAGAAGGAAAAACAAAAGUUAUAUUUAUUGCAGAAAGCCAAGAAAAUACAGAUGAAGAGGAAGAUGAUGAUGUAGUGGCUCCUAAACCACCUAUUGAACCUGAAGAAGAGAAAACUUUGAAGAAAGAUGAGGAAAAUGAUAGUAAAGCUCCCCCUCAUGAGCUGACUGAAGAAGAAAAGCAACAAAUCUUACACUCUGAGGAAUUUUUAAGUUUCUUUGACCAUUCUACAAGAAUUGUAGAAAGAGCUCUUUCUGAGCAGAUUAACAUCUUCUUUGACUACAGUGGGAGAGAUUUGGAAGACAAAGAAGGAGAGAUUCAAGCAGGUGCUAAACUGUCAUUAAAUCGACAAUUUUUUGACGAAAGAUGGUCAAAACAUCGAGUUGUUAGUUGUUUGGAUUGGUCAUCUCAGUAUCCAGAGUUACUCGUGGCUUCCUAUAAUAACAAUGAUGAUGCCCCUCAUGAGCCUGAUGGUGUGGCCCUUGUUUGGAAUAUGAAAUACAAAAAAACUACCCCAGAGUAUGUGUUUCACUGCCAGUCAGCUGUGAUGUCUGCCACAUUUGCAAAAUUUCAUCCAAAUCUUGUUGUUGGUGGUACAUAUUCAGGCCAGAUUGUGCUUUGGGAUAACCGUAGCAAUAAAAGAACUCCAGUGCAAAGAACUCCACUGUCAGCAGCUGCACACACACACCCUGUAUAUUGUGUAAAUGUUGUUGGAACACAAAAUGCUCACAAUCUGAUUAGCAUCUCUACUGAUGGAAAAAUUUGUUCAUGGAGUCUGGACAUGCUUUCCCAUCCACAGGAUAGCAUGGAGUUGGUUCAUAAACAAUCAAAGGCAGUAGCUGUGACAUCCAUGUCCUUCCCUGUUGGAGAUGUCAACAACUUUGUUGUUGGGAGUGAAGAAGGUUCAGUGUACACAGCAUGCCGCCAUGGCAGCAAAGCUGGAAUCAGUGAGAUGUUUGAGGGGCAUCAAGGACCAAUCACUGGCAUCCAUUGUCAUGCAGCUGUUGGAGCAGUAGACUUCUCACAUCUUUUUGUCACUUCAUCAUUUGACUGGACAGUAAAACUUUGGACAACUAAGAAUAACAAGCCUUUGUAUUCCUUUGAAGAUAAUUCAGACUAUGUUUAUGAUGUUAUGUGGUCACCUACCCACCCAGCCUUGUUUGCCUGUGUGGAUGGCAUGGGAAGAUUGGAUUUGUGGAAUCUCAAUAAUGACACAGAGGUACCAACUGCCAGCAUUUCUGUGGAGGGUAAUCCUGCUCUUAAUCGUGUGAGAUGGACCCAUUCUGGCAGAGAGAUUGCUGUUGGUGAUUCUGAAGGACAGAUUGUUAUAUAUGAUGUGGGAGAGCAGAUCGCUGUUCCCCGAAAUGAUGAAUGGGCACGAUUUGGCCGAACACUUGCAGAAAUUAAUGCAAACCGAGCUGAUGCAGAGGAGGAAGCAGCUACCCGAAUACCUGCUUAGUUCCUCAAAAGGGGAGUGUAAAUAGUGAAUUUGGGACAGGUUCUUAAGUAGAUCCCAAGACUAUUUGCAUGCUUCUGUCUAAAUGAUAAUUAAAAGGAAAUUUCAUGGACUAAACUGUGGGCUUAAUGCAGCAAGGAAACUUACAAUGUCCCUUUAUGUAUAACAUACAUCUUGUUUUGGAUUUGUGUCUUUUUUUAAUACAGCUGAUUGACUUCACAGAAAGCAGCUUUUUUGAAUUCUAAUACACAGAUGUAUAUUAGUUAUUUUGAAUUCUUUUCAGAUUAUAACACUGUAUGCAGUUAUUUCUAAAGCACAGAUGAAAUAAGUUCUGCAUAUUUUUAAAUAAUCACAAUUCCCUGUUAUACAGAUAAUGUUCUCAUUACCCAUAAUCUGUAGGAACUUUGUUUAUCCUUAGCCAUGGUAUGCAUACACCUAUCCACGUUCCAUUCUAACAUCCUUUGUUGUCUUUAUAGUUCAUGUGUUAGUUACCUAUAAAUAAAAACGAACAUGCGUUAA